UUAAAUUUUGACAGUUGAAAAACCAAACAAACGCUCGAGCGAAAAGUCUAUUUUUGUGUGUUGCUGAAAUUUGUUAAAAUUUAUAUGUAAAACGAACAGAAUAGAAAGAAAAUACUUUUCUUUACUGAUGGCGAUAUUGAUGGAAAUACAAGGAAUGUAUUCAUUUAAUGAUUUGAUAUUACUUGAGAACUUUAGGCAACGUGCGAGCCGCCAGGAAGUUAUUUACCUUCACCCGAGAGUUAUAUCUGAGGACAUCAAUGAAAUUAUGUCUGGUGACAGAAUAAAAACUCGGAUGCAUUUAAGGAUUUCUGCCAGCACGUUUACAAAAAUUGUGCAGACAAUUCCCCGAAAACAUCAUGGAUGGUCGUGCGAGUAUGAAGUUAUUUGCUUUUUAUUUUGGAUGGCAUGUGGUUGUAGUUACCGGGUCGCAGCAGCUUUUAUGGGUUUCAGUAGGUACACAGUGAGAAAUAUAAUACAUAAGAUGCUAGAGGACUUUUUGAAGCUGCGGCAUUUGAUUAACCAUGGUUCUGUGAACGACUAUGAUAGACUUGGUUUAAAGUUUUGCCGGAAGGCAAAAAAUAAAGCAUUCAUCAAGUUCAUUGGCGCUAUCGAUGGAACUCAUAUAAGAAUUAAAUGCCCUGUUAACAAACAUGAUGAAUAUAUAAACCAUAAGAAGUUUUACUCCAUUCAAGUGCAAGCAGUCGCAGAUAGUGACUCAAAAUUUACUGAUGUUUUCGUUGGUUUUCCUGGUUCUGUGCAUGACACCCGUGUUUUUCUAAAUAGCCCUUUAUAUGCAAAAGGCAACUAUCCACCAAACGGAUAUUAUUUAUUUGGUGAUAAGGGAUACCCGUGUCAACUUUCGCCAGUUCCUGUAAUAACGCCAUUUAGGGCCGUUUGCACCAUGUCUAGUUAACGCUAACUGGAGGUCCUUCAGUUAAGCACG